AUGGAUUCUCCACGAGUACUCAAAACCCGCAACGCAAACAUUACCUACCAAAUUAUGAAGAAGAGCCAACCGUCUGCGUCAUCCUCAAAAAGAGGUAGCUCGAAGUCAAAACCUAAACCGCUCGAGAAUCUCGAAGCUGCAAAAAGACUGCCCUCAAAUACCGGCUUAUUCUCUCCAGCUUCAUCAGACGGAAACCUCUCAGCCAAUGGUUCGGAUUCUGAGGAUAGCGAUGAAGAAUUGGUGGAGAUUACUUUGCAGCCACAGUCGAAAGCCCAUAAUCUCGAUUUCUAUAAGGACAAGAUGAAGGACUUGGCCAAGACGUAUAAGGAAAUCAUAAAUCGACGUUCUUCCCCAGAGGCACAACGAGCAAGCCCCUCCUUGUCUCGAACCUCCUUUUCCUCAACUUGCUCUUCCAAAAGACACAACCAACGACCUCAAGAUGAUAUGAGUAAUGCAAAUCUCUUACUUCUUCUCCGGAUGGUGGAAUGA